AUGCAUUUCUUCACUUCCAUCUUCAGCAUUGCUGCUCUCAGCACUCUCGCAACCGCUACCCUCGAUCCCGCGACCUCAAACACAAAGGGUUUCUAUCCCAAAUCUCCUGGUUGCACAGCAACCAAAGUCUCCCUCGCCAUCCAAGCCGCCGAGUGUGCCUACAAUACCCGCGUCGCCGGUACCCAAACCUUUGCCGUCUUCCAACAAGACCAUAAAUAUGAUUCUUCCCACGGUGCUCCUUACGGAACGUGUUCCGCUUACACGUGUACUGCGCCUACGAAAUCGCAAUUGACGGCGGGAACGGAUUAUUGGGUGUUUUAUUGGGGGAAUCAGGGGACCAGUAGUGGGGUGGGAACGACUUGUAUCAAGAGUCCGGUGGAUGGUACGUGUGGGUGUGAGAAUUCGAACGGGAAGUUUGUUCAUGGCGGGAAGAAUUGUGUUUAA